CUCCAUUCACGAAGUCAAUGAAACAAAGGGAAACAGAAAAGAGUCUGUUUCUGUGAAAGAGGAAACGACUCCGGGUUGGAGGCGGGAGCAACCUUACUCGGCUUCGUCCCACGAGAAGCGGCGUAUCUCUGUUUUCCGAAAUCAGCUGCCCUGUGGUGGGGGCGGACUGGGAAGAUCUAAACUGCCCCCCUCUUCCCCCCCAAUCUCAGGGUCUGUUUCCCGUCCUCCAUGCCUGUGAGGGAUUUGCACCCAUGACUGAUGGGAGGAUGAAAGGAUAUUUGGACCAGCAAGUGCCUUACACUUCUGCACAGAAGGUGUCAGGAAAUGGAAUCCUGGAAGGCAGAGUUGUGAUGGCUGCACGGAGGAGAUCUGUGGAACCAGGUGUCCCCCAUGUCCCAGACCCAGAAGAGCUCUUCCAUGACUUGGAAACUUGGCUGGCUGAAGCUCAAGUUCCAGACAGCGAUGAGCAAUUUGUGCCUGACUUUCAUUCAGAAAACUUAGCCCUUCACAGUCCCCCAGCUAAGAUAAAAAAGGAACCACAGAGCCCAUGUUCAGAAGCAUCGGGGUCCUGCAGACACAGACAGCCUUUUCAGUACCAUAAUGGGGAGCAAUGCUUUUAUGCCAGGCAAAAUACAAACUUCGUGAGCCCCCACGGCCCACCCCAGGCUGCACCUGGACGGCCAUAUCUGAUGGAACACAGCUCCUUAUAUCAGGUGCAUAGUGAGACGGGCCAAUCCUUUUCCACCUCUCAGACCUUGGGAUCGGAUGCCAUGCCGGCUUAUCAGCGCCCAUUGUCUGCCCCAUGCCUGCCAUACCCCCUGCAGGGCUUCAAGCAGGAGUUCCACGACCCAAUGUACGAACAGGCCUGUGGCAGUUCCCGGUACGCAGCUGGAGUGGUGAUCAAACAGGAACAGAUGGACUAUGCUUUUGACACAGAUGUCCCGAGCUGCCAUUCGAUGUAUGUGAACAUGGAGGGAUUCCCAGGGCAUUGCAACACUGAUGGCACAUUAGGGUACAAUUAUGAGAAACAGAUGAGGCCAUUCGCUGAUGAUGUUUGCGUUGUCCCUGAGAAGUUUGAAGGGGACAUCAAGCAAGAAGGGGGUGGAUACCGUGAGGGCCCCCCUUAUCAACGGCGGGGUUCUCUACAGCUUUGGCAGUUCCUGGUGGCUUUGCUGGAUGACCCAAGCAAUGCCCACUUUAUUGCCUGGACAGGCCGAGGGAUGGAGUUCAAACUCAUUGAACCAGAGGAGGUGGCACGGCUUUGGGGCAUCCAGAAGAAUCGUCCAGCCAUGAACUAUGACAAGCUGAGCCGCUCUCUUCGUUACUAUUAUGAAAAAGGCAUUAUGCAAAAGGUGGCUGGUGAGCGUUACGUCUACAAGUUUGUUUGUGAGCCUGAAGCGCUGUUCUCCCUAGCCUUUCCCGACAAUCAGCGCCCAUCCCUGAAGGCAGAGUUUGAGUGGCAUGUCAGUGAGGAAGACACUGUGCCUCUUUCCCACCUGGACGAGGGUGUUGCCUACUUGCAAGAUCUGGGGGCGCAGCCUUAUGGGAAAGGCUACACAUACUAACUGGUGACAGAAGAGACUGAUCAGAUGUGGGCAAGUUGUAUAUAUGAAGAGGUUUGUAUGCAAUCACCAACGUAGAUUAUUGCCUUGGCUCUCCUAAAGCAGAAUCAGACUCUACAGUGAGCUGCCUUUUGAAGAGGGGCAGCAUGGUCCAGUUUCUAGAGAGCCAGGCUCAGAUCUGGAUUCAAAUUCCACCUUACCCAUAGACUCGCUGGGUGAACUUUGGGCAAGCUGCUUUUCUUUCAGCCUCCAUUCCCAAGGAGUAGCAUCCUAUCUCACAGGGAUGUUGUGAGGACAGGUCAAAUAAAGAUUGUAAAGUGCUUUGUACAUUGCUUUUUAAAAAUGGUGAUUAAUAAUGAGUAUACUCGGAUUGAACCUGGGAGUUGCAAGAGAGUUUAAUUUGGAGUCUGCAUAUGCAAAAACAGCUUCUCAGUGGCUGAAUGGCUAUCUCUGCUUGGUUUACAGACUCUUUGAAGCAGUGGCACUGGGCCUACUGGAGCUGCAGCCAAACUGUUCUGGUUUUCUCCCCAUCCUCCUCCCUUGCCAAUUGUUAUUUUUUAUUUAUUAGAUUUAUUAGUCGCUUGUUACCUGAAGAUCUCCAAGCACCUUGCAACAAUGUUAAAAACAAAACCAAAUAUAUCACACUAUAAAAACAAAACAAUAGCACACCCCCAUACAGCCACAGAAAACUUUGGCAGUAUACAAAGAAUACUUUGGCAGCAAAGAUACUGUGGACACUUAAGCGUUGCAGUUUUACAAUGAGUUAGCACCUAACUAAACUGAUAAGUUUUUUUACUUUGGUUCAUAAAGGGUCCCUGAUGUCACAGUUGCUUCCGUGCUGGGAGAAAAGUGGUGUGACCCCAACCUGUUCUAGUUCUCUCCCGAUCCUCCUCCACUGCAAAGACUUAAACACUGCGAUUUCAUUAAUACUUAACACCUAAGUGUCUUAUCUUGGUUCAGAAGGGGCUCCUGCCAUCACAAUUUCUAGUGUGGGUUCAUGCCACAAUAACGGUACAUUACAGUACUCAGGAAUAAACGCCACUGAAUUCCAUGGGGCCUGCUCCCUGGUAAGCAUGUAUAGGAUUGCAGCCUAAAUUGAUUAGUCUGAAAGGUGCCACAGGGGACUGUUAACAAGGGACCCUAUAAAUUUCCAGACCUAUGGGAAAACAUUGUUAUCCUUCCCCGGCUUAUUCACUUCUAUAUCUUUUGUUCAGAAUGUGGAAGGUGGAGAAAUAUUAUGUGGACUAGAACCUGGGAGACCAGGGUUAAAAAAGCCGUGGAGCUCACUGUGUGACAGGCCAAUCACUGUCACUUAGCCUAAUCUACCUCACGGGGGUGUAGUGGGGAUAACAUGGGGAAAAGGAGAUCCAUGAAUGCCACCUUGAACAACUUGGAG